CCUCCGCGCGUGCGCGGCGCAGCCACGGCGCAACCGCAGUGCGGCCCUUCGGCGGAGUCGAGGGGAAGCGUCUGAUGGUCGGUGGAGCUGAGGCGGGAGCCGGGUUUUUUUUCCCUCCUUCGCCGGGAGGCUUCGGGCCGGAGCCGCCAUGUGGCCGUGGUGACCUAGCGGCGAGGGCGGGAGGAGGAGCGCCAUGAACCUCAGGGGCCUGUUUCAAGAUUUCAAUCCGAGCAAAUUUCUUAUUUAUGCCUGUCUGCUGCUCUUCUCAAUUUUGCUGUCUCUCCGGCUGGAUGACAAGAUCGAAUGGAGCUACUGGGCUGUGUUUGCUCCGAUAUGGCUGUGGAAGUUAAUGGUUAUAGUGGGGGCCUCCGUAGGGACGGGGGUUUGGGCCCGGAACCCACAAUAUCGAGCAGAAGGGGAAACGUGUGUGGAAUUCAAAGCCAUGUUAAUUGCCGUUGGCAUCCACCUCCUCCUGCUGAUGUUUGAAGUUCUGGUUUGUGACGGAAUCGAGCGAGGGACCCGUUUCUGGCUGUUGGUUUUCAUGCCCCUCUUCUUCGUGUCUCCGGUAUCGGUGGCUGCUUGCGUGUGGGGCUUCCGGCACGACCGAUCUCUGGAGCUGGAGAUCCUGUGCUCCGUCAACAUACUCCAGUUCAUAUUCAUUGCCCUCCGACUGGACGAAAUCAUCAAGUGGCCGUGGCUUGUUGUUUGUGUCCCUCUGUGGAUCCUGAUGUCCUUCCUCUGCCUGGUGGUGCUGUAUUAUAUCGUCUGGUCAGUCUUGUUCUUGCGCUCGAUGGACGUGAUCGCCGAACAGAGAAGAACCCACAUUACGAUGGCCGUCAGUUGGAUGACCAUCGUGGUUCCGUUGCUCACCUUUGAAAUCCUGCUGGUGCACAGGCUGGAUGGGCACAACUCCUUCUCCUACAUCCCCGUCUUCGUCCCGCUGUGGCUUUCGCUGAUCACUUUGAUGGCAACAACCUUUGGCCAGAAAGGGGGCAAUCAUUGGUGGUUCGGGAUCCGCAAAGACUUCUGCCAGUUCCUGCUGGAGAUCUUCCCCUUCCUGAGGGAGUACGGCAACAUUUCUUACGACCUGCAUCACGAAGACAACGAGGAAGCGGAAGAAACGCCCCUCCCGGAGGCCCCCAAAAUCGCUCCGAUGUUCCGGAAGAAAGCCGGGGUGGUCAUUACCCAGAGCCCCGGGAAGUACAUCAUCCCGCCGCCCAAGCUGAAUAUCGACACGCCAGAUUAAAAGCGGAACUUUUGUUUUGCCGAGGACGGAUGUCUCCCCCGUGAUUUCACCACUGGCUUCUCCUCAGCCGACACUAUAAUGAUUUAUUAUUUUAAUUCCAUGCCUUUGUUUUUAGUUUGUUGACGGCUAGGGAUCGGGGACCACUGUGGAUUUGCAUUCAUAAGACGUUCCCUUAACAUGUGUCCAUCCCGGGGUGUCAAAAUAUCACCCGAGUGAAAGCAGGAAGAGUUCAGUAACUCUGGCCAGGUGCAGCAGUGGGAACGGCUGAGUCUCUGGUCACAGAACGGCAGCCUUAGAUUCAAAGUCAUCGUUUGCCACUACUAAUAUUCUUUCACAGUCCCCUAACACACAAACACACACACACACACACACGAGUUCUUCCUGUCCACUGUUCCCCCUGGACAAAGGCCCCCGGAGGGCUUUGCGCUCACUUUCUCCCGCAGUGGUGGAUGGGUGUUUAUUUUGGAGAAGCCAAAAAAGGAGGUUCCUGAACGUAGGAACCUUCCUCCUUGGCGGAAGUCACGUUUUCCUGUACAUAGUAUUUAUAUGAACUUUUGGCAAUGUAAUAUAUUGGGAGGGGUGGAAACAGGAGUCUGUACAUUAUAAAUAUGGAUGUAAAAAGUAUUUUUUAAAAGGCUGUACGAAAGGCGUAAUCUCCGGUGCGCGAAACACCCCCGUUCCGUGUUCCUCUUGGCUUCUAUUUCUCGGUUUGAAGGACCUUCGGCAAAAGUGGUUCACGCAUUUCGAAUCCCUCCCCCCCCCCCCCGGCAUCGAACCACGAACCUUAACUACUAUUCCGAUGUGAGUCUUUGCGCACGACUGUUGGCACUUCUCGUUCUGGAUUAAAUUGGCUUGGAAAGAGGUAUGUAAAUUUCUCUGUGAAUAGCCUCAGUCUUUGUAACCAUCUGCGGUGGAGAGGGAAGAGACUGCCAGACCCUCAAAAAAAAAUAAUAAUAAUAAUACUCCCACUUUUGUUAACGCUACACAUUUGGGCAAAGGCUGGUUUCUCACAGCCUCCCUUUUGGCCUGUUCAAUAAAGCGUCCCCAAAUUUU